UUCAUUAUACUACUGUCGAUCAAUUGAGCGACCAUUUACAUUGGAAUACAUUCACUGGAGUAGAACAGCUACCAUCACGUUCCAAUAGAUUUGCAUAUUUUUCCUUGCGAUAUAACAUGGAUGACAAGUAUGUUAUAGCCGGUGGAUCGGAUGGUUUUGUAUACUUGUUUUCUCCUGCGCUACCUCAUUUCCAAACGUUCCCAGCGCAUAAGGAUGAUGUCAAUGCAAUUUGCUGCAGUAAAGCUAAUCCGCAUAUUUUCUGUAGCGGAAGUGACGACGGACUUUGUAAGGUAUGGGAUAUCCGUUUGGUUGGAAGUACCAGGAUUCCUGUUGGUGUAUUCGCAGGACAUCGUGAUGGUAUCACUUACAUUGAUAGUCACGGUAAUGAUAGAUAUAUCUUGACAAACUCCAAAGAUCAAUCAAUUAAGAUUUGGGAUUUACGAAGAUUUUCUUCAAGUAAUGCCGAGAAGGUUACACUUAAUGCAGUGCGAAAACAGAGAUGGGAUUAUAGAUAUCAGCAAAUACCGCCAAUUUUCCAAUCAGUGGGACCUUUGCAAGAUGAUGGAUCAUUGUUGACUUUUCGAGGGCAUUCAGUGCAGCACACUCUCAUUCGAGCCAAGUUUUCACCGGAACGAACUGGUUUUCGUUAUAUAUAUACCGGUAGCACAGAAGGAAAUUUGCACAUUUAUGAUAUUUUGACGGGGGAAAUUGUGCGAACGCUGGAUGGACAUAGAAGCGUAGUACGUGAUUGCUGUUGGCAUCCUGAUGAAAACGAAAUUAUUACUGUUUCAUGGGAUGGAGUAACAGCCAGAUGGUAUUACAAUUCGCAGUAUGAUGGUGAUCAGGAAGAAGAAUUGGACCGGGUAAGUGAUUCAAAUUCAUUUCCAGAUGAUGAUGAUUAUGAUGACGAUGACGAUGACGAUGAUGAUGAUGAUGAUGAUGAUGACGGAUAUAAUGUUGGUCAUUGGAGGAGUAGCAAGCAUCAACCUAUGAAGAGGCAUCGGAAAAGAAAUAAUAAUUCUUUUCCUUUUGUUCGAUGUCACUGA